AUGAUCAUGAACCAUGCUCUGAUACCACCAUUUGUAACACCCCCGACUCGAUCUAUACAUAGAUGGGCCAGAAAUGUCACAAUGACGGAUAUUGAGUACGGCCCAACUGAGUCUUUUGAACAAAUCCAAAGCCUCGGUCGAUCCAUUCUCAAUACCGUCCCUCUCGACCAAGGCCUAAGGCUUUGCAAGCCGUUCCCAAGUCAAGAGUUGUGUUUGGUGGAACAAAGGUUUCUAAAGGGUGAAGGAGGGGUAUUUAUAGGCUGGAGAGGGAGACAUAGUGGUGGCUGGAAGUUCUUUCUCCCGUUGACACCUCGGAGGACAAGUGUCAAACUUCCGGCGACAAGUGGCGGUGUUCUCCUCCACAUGCGGCGGAAGAGGCUUAACCCGACGACACAUCGUCUAGACAAGCUCCUUGAAUUCCUCCAGAGCCGCCACACGCCCGCCACAAAAUUCCUGAUUGCUUCUAUACUUGACACCUCAUAA